AUGCCGUACCUUAACGAGGGAGGCUCCAAAAGCGGUGAAGGAGAUAGGAGAUCUUUUCAAAAGGCUAUGGAGAAAAACGGAUGUAAAAGUUGGAGUUGUGGAAGAAUUCUCAAACUUGAUGGAGAAGCCGCCUGUUUGAGAGAAACAGAGGAAGGCGCAUUGAAGCGGUUACACAAUAACCGAAAAGAGGUGGAUAAUGAGAUUCUGAGAACGGUUUACACAGAUAGCUGGAGAAGAUGUGGAGAAGAAGAUCCACAUAAGGAGGCGGUUACAGAGUUAACCGUAGACAUGAAGAUGAGUCACGUUUGUAACGUCAAUGAGACGUUGAAGCAACAAAGAGGAUGCUUACCUCAGAGAAAAAUGGAGCAAAAAUAG